CAAGAUUUCAGAGCUCAAUCAGCCGUGAACCACCACCCCUCCCCCCCCACCUACUAGAGAAAAUCUUAGUUUGAGUAAUAGCUCUGUCUUUUCUGACCCCCUUGCGAUUCGAAGCGGUUGCGUCUCCCCACCGCAGAGGGUUCUUUUCGCGGGCGGAGCGGGGGAACCUGAGGAGCAGUCACGAUGCCUAAGAAAGCGAUCGAUGCUCGAAUACCGGCAUUGAUUCGAAAUGGGGCUCAGGAGAAAAAGCGAAGCUUCUUCGUCAUCGUCGGCGACCGCCAGAAAGAUGUCAUUGUCAAUCUAUACCACAUCUUGCUCAAUGUAGAUGUGAAAUUGAACAAGUCGGUGCUUUGGGCAUACAAGAACAAAUUGCUCGGCUUCUCAAGUCACCGAAGAAAGCGUGAGAAGAAAAUAAAGAGUGAAAUCAAACGAGGAAUCCGCGAUGUCGACACCGAAGACCCUUUCGAGCUAUUCGUCUCCACCCAGAACAUCCGAUACGUAUACUACAAGGAGACGGAGAAGAUUUUGGGAAACACAUACGGCAUGUGCAUAUUGCAAGACUUCGAAGCCAUAACACCGAAUCUGCUUGCAAGGACAAUAGAGACGGUGGAAGGAGGUGGACUGGUGCUUUUGCUCCUCAAGGGAAUGAACAGCUUAAAGCAGCUAUAUACUUUGUCCAUGGACAUUCACUCGAGAUACCGGACGGAAGCACAUAGUGAUGUCGUGGCUAGAUUCAACGAGCGGUUUAUCUUGUCGCUUGGGAAGUGCGAGUCGUGUCUGGUGGUGGACGAUGAGCUGAAUGUUCUUCCAAUAUCUGGGGGAAAGCAUGUCAAACAACUACCGCCUCUAGACCCCGAAACAGAUGGCAAGGCGCCGAAGGCGAAAGAACUGGAAGAAAUCAAAGAGUCGUUGGCAGACUCCCCGCCUGUUGGGGACUUGAUCAAGCUGGCCAAGACCGUGGACCAGGCGAAAGCGCUGCUUACAUUCGUUGAAGCGAUUGCGGAGAAAACUCUUCAAAGUACAGUGACGUUGACAGCCGCUCGUGGUCGAGGAAAGUCUGCCGCACUAGGUGUGGCAGUGGCAGCAGCCAUCGCACAUGGGUACAGCAACAUCUUUAUCACCUCACCUAGUCCUGAGAACCUGAAGACCCUGUUUGAGUUUGUCUUCAAAGGCUUUGAUGCUUUAGGAUACACGGACCACCAAGACUACACAAUCAUGCAGUCAACAAAUCCAGACUUCAACAAAGCGAUCGUACGGGUGAACGUGCACCGGCAACAUCGACAGACGAUACAGUACAUUCAGCCACAGGACGCUUACACCCUAGGCCAAGCUGAGCUAGUAGUCAUUGAUGAAGCCGCAGCGAUUCCACUACCACUAGUCAGGAAACUAAUGGGUCCAUACCUGGUAUUUAUGGCUUCGACAAUCAACGGCUACGAAGGUACUGGGCGAUCGCUCUCUCUGAAGCUCAUUCAACAGCUUCGCGAACAAUCUCGUGGCCGAGCCGUUAAUGGCACAAACCAUGUGAUAGAUCGGUCCAAUGGGAAAGAGUCGAAAGAUGGCACGGAACCUUUUAUGACCGGCCGUUCACUGCGAGAAAUAACACUCUCAGAACCUAUCCGAUACGCUCAAGGGGAUGGCGUAGAACGAUGGCUAAACGACGUCCUUUGUCUAGAUGCAACACUCCCUCGAUCAAAACCCAACACGCAAGGGUGCCCGCACCCGUCCGAAUGCCAGCUUCUUCACGUUAACCGCGAUACCCUAUUCUCGUUCAACCCCGCCGCAGAAAAAUUCCUACAGAAGAUGAUGGCGCUAUACGUUGCCAGCCACUACAAGAACUCUCCGAAUGACCUCCAGCUCAUGUCCGACGCUCCAGCACACCAGCUCUUCGUUCUCGUCCCCCCUGUCACAGAGGAUAACAAACUCCCAGAACCCCUGUGUGUUAUUCAAGUCGCACUUGAAGGUCAAAUUAGCAAAGAGAGUGUCCUCAGUAGUCUUAGUCGUGGUGUCCGUGCUGGGGGUGACCUAAUACCGUGGAUCGUCUCCCAGCAGUUUCAAGAUGAAAAUUUUGCAGGUUUGUCUGGCGCACGUGUUGUGCGGAUAGCGACAAACCCAGAUUACACAAACAUGGGCUACGGGUCGCGGGCACUAGAACUCCUUGUUGAUUUUUACGACGGCAAGCUUGCCAGUCUUUCUGAAUCCGAGCCACAUGAGCUAGAAGAGAUGCGAAGGGUGACCGAGGAAGAACUAGAGAAUGCCACCUUGCUGAAAGACGAAGUGAAAGUCAGGGAGGCGAAAGAUAUGCCGCCACUCUUUGCUCGCCUCUCAGAACUCAGAGCUGUUCAGCUCGAUUAUGUCGGUGUAUCAUACGGCCUCACCCCUCCCCUCCAUAAGUUCUGGAAACGCGCAUCCUUUGUGCCAGUCUACCUCCGCCAGACUCCCAACGAACUUACAGGCGAGCAUACAUGCGUUAUGCUCCGCUCUCUUGAAACAACGUCUUCGGACGGUAGCUGGGUAGGCGCUUUCGCCAAGGAUUUCCAGCAUCGCUUCCUAUCCCUACUAUCCUACCAAUUCCGAACCUUCGCCUCUGUAACCGCACUCUCGAUCGAUGAAUCCGCAUCCGCAGGCUCGAAACUCGACGUUGAUCUCACACCUAAACCCCUACGAAAAACAGAACUUGACGACUUGUUCAGUCCUUUCGAUCUCAAGCGCCUCGACUCGUAUGCAAACAACAUGCUCGACUACCACGUCAUCCUGGACAUGUUGCCUUCCAUCGCAACACUCUACUUCACUGGAAGGCUAAAAUCGAAGGUCAAACUGAGUGGCGUGCAAACCGCGCUCCUCCUUGCCAUCGGCCUCCAACGGAAAGAAUUCUCAGAUCUGGAGAAAGAGCUGGGAUUGAAUAUAAGCCAACUCAUGGCAAUGUUUGUGAAAGUUGUGAGGAAGGUGUCGAUGGCUUUCAGGAGUGUAGUCGAAGGAGCGGUUGAGGAGACUAUGCCUGAAGCGAUAGAGACUGAGGAGAAUAGGGUUGAUGGCGGUGGCGAGGGAGAGGGGGAUAGGGUUCGGAGAUUUAAGCCACUGGAGAAGGAUCUGGAUGAGGAGUUGAAGGAAGGUGGGGAUGAAAUUGAUAGAGAGGAGAGGGAGAGAGCGAAGAGCUUGAUCGAUGCGUUGCCCCUGGAUCGGUAUGAAAUCACAGCCGGUGGCACCGACUGGGCAGACGCGGAACGGCAGAUCCGUAGUGCAGCAGCCAAAGACGGAGGUGCGAAAGCCAUGACGGUCAGUGUGAAGGCGGGAAAAGAGAAGAAGAGGAAAGCGGGUGCUGCGGUGGAGGAGGCAUAUAGAGAAGCGGAACAGCUUAAAGAGGGUGGGAAGAAGAAGAAAAGCAAGUUUGGGAAAGGAGGGAGAUAG